UAGUAGUUUAGCGUCGUCCGUAGGCACACAUCAUUAUUUCGCUUAAAAACGUGUAUUUAUCAGUAAUUAUUUCAUUUUUAUUGUUAUCUUAUAAUUAUAGUGAUAGAAAGAUAAGUUCAAGCUAUUUUGUUACAUAAGUUGAUAAACUUUCAUGGUGCAAUUUAAAAUAAUCAGAGAUUUUUUCAGUCAAUUUUAAGAAUAUACACAGUGCAACAGCUGUUUUUUCAAGUCUAUUUUCUAAAAAAAUAGAAAUAUUCGCAUUAUUAACAAGUAAUGAGAAUCAUUUUUGUGAGAGAAUAUAUUGGUUAUUAAUUAUAGAGUUUAUUUUAUUUUAAAAACUCAUAAGUUUGAUAGUAAAUCAACUGGUGUUACAAAAUAAUCCUCAUGAAGUUUUGGAAUAAAGAUGACGCACAAUCGACUUGACAUUCUAUGCUGUAUAUUGAUUUUGUUUACUGCUGUAAUUUCCACUAAAGGGGAUUUUCAGGAUCUCUUCAGUUUACAGCGUAGAGGAAAACAUUUGCCAGAAACGAAAUUCGAGUCUAGUGACUACGAAGAUUACUCUGAUGUCAAUGAACCUAUACAAGCACCAAGUGAAUCUCUUUGGAGCCGAACACCUUUGAGAGAUGUUGAGUUGCCACUAAUUCAAUCGACUCAACAGCUAAAUCAAUUAAAUGUAACUUCUCCGUUGGAUCCUCAUAUCAAAUGGGAUAAAAAUUGGGGAGCAAACUUGGAUUAUGGCCAACUAUCCGCAGUAGAUUUGGAUCUGAAUGGCAAUAUAGUUCUGUUCUGCAGGAGAGAACGAAUAUGGGGUCAAGAUACUUUUGAUCUGAAAAAUGUAUUCAACCGAAACCAAGGACCUAUAAAGGAUAAUACAAUUAUUAUGUUUAAUAAGAGUGGAAAAGUUAUUUUAGAAUGGGGAAGAAAUAUGUUUUAUUUACCACAUGGACUGACAAUAGAUUUUGAAGGAAAUUACUGGAUCACUGAUGUUGCUAUGCAUCAGGUGUUCAAGUUCAACGCACAAGAUAUUGAAAAAAAUAAAGAUAAAUUGAAGAAACUUCAAAAUAGCCCACAAGAAGAUUUUUCUGAAAUUUCCAUGACAGUUCUCUUUAGUCAAAGUAUAAUCAAGCCUUCAAUGAUUUUGGGAGAAGCUUUUGUACCUGGAAAUGAUAAUCAAAGAUUUUGUAAACCAACAGCAGUCGCUGUAGCAAGAAAUGGAGAUUUUUUUGUGAGUGAUGGUUACUGUAAUUCAAGAAUAGUUAAAUUUAACAGCAAAGGUGAAAGAAUUUUAAUAAUUGGCCGAGCUCUUACUUUUAACAAGUUUUUAUCACCUUAUACGCUGUCGAUACCACAUGAUCUCACACUUGCUGAUGAUCGUGACCACAUUUAUGUUGCCGACAGAGAGCAUGGGAGAGUUCUGUGCUAUUUUGCCGGGAAUGGAACCUUCCACAAGGAAUUUAGGAGUCCUGUUAUUGGUACAAAAAUUUAUGGAGUAGCUUAUGCUAGGGAACGACUUUAUCUAGUUAAUGGACCUGAUCCAUUCUCUACAAAUAAAUUCCAUGUACGAGGGUUUGUAAUUGAUGUUCACUCCGGCGAUGUUAUAUCGCAAUUUGGACCUAAUGGUGACAUGAUCGCACCCCAUGAUAUAGCUGUUUCUGAUGACGGUAGUGAGAUUUAUGUACCAGAGCUUUACAAUCAUGCUAUUUAUCGGUUCUUGUCAGAUGAAAGUUUCCGUGAAAUAAAAAUGAAUGUAUCCAAGCUAAAGAGUUCAAUCGCUAAUUCUUCAAAGUCUCAUCAUUCAUUAAUUCCCUUAACAGAUAAUUCAGAUGAGAAGUCAUCAGGGCAUAUGAAUUUAACUACUUUGAUUAUGACAAUCGUCGUCAGUAUUAUGAUCCUUAUCGGAUUGUGCGUAGGAAUUGCAGCCAUCGUUGCACGGUGUAAAAAACGAGGCUGUUUAUUAGUUCGUAGAAGGGACUAUUGGAUGAACGAGAGGAAGGAUAACUUUAAACUUUCGAGUCUAUUUGAUACUCGACAAACAAAAAAUUUCCGCCUUUUCGAUAAAAGACCAAAUACUCGAGACUUUAGUAAGUUGAGUACAGAGCCAGAAACUACGGAUGACGAACAUGUCGAAGACAGUCUUAUUAUAUAAUUAAAUGGUCUUAAAAAUUAAAAAAUCAAAAAAAAAAAAAAUUAAAAAAUAAAAAACUAAAUUAAUUAUAAAUGUUGUUAAGUCACACAGUAAUUAACUUAGAAAAGCGUUAAUGAUUUAUUGUGUGAAAUAUAACUAAAGUUUGAAACUUUCUCUAGUCUAAGAAAGCUAAUCAGUAAUUUUAUCAUUUAACUAAUUUUUUGAAGAAUAAAAAAAGUGUGGUUUUACUGACAUAUCGAUACAAAUUCCAAAAUAAUUAUUUUCAAUAAUUCAGGCUUUCAAGGUAUUUAAUUAAUAAUUAAAAACAUGAAAACAAAUGAAUAUAUAAUUUUGAUGAAUUAUUUUCAUAAAGUUAAGAUAUUUUAAAUAUUUAUUCCUCUCACAAAAACAAAAAUUAAUCAAAGUUAUAUCUGUCUAUCUUCUGAUUGUAACAAAACGUAUAUUUUCAAUAAAAUCCAAUAUUUAUAAUGUCUGUUUGAUUGAAAGACUCGUGAGUAAUAAGGGAAUGAAUGAAUGUUUGAGAUGAAUGAAGUGAUUUCAAACGGUAUUAGUAAUGUAAAUGAACAUAAAAGUGAAAAUAAAAAAAAUGAAUGGUCUGGACGAGUUGCUUACGAAGAUAACUAACGCGAAAUAGUGUUAAGUGACUCGUUGAUUACCCCAUUACGUAUCUUCAUAUAAUGUUAAAAGACUACAGGCUACUUAAACGUUCAUUACUAAAGCAUUUAGUACAUAAAUACCACAACCAUCAGACUCAGAGAAUAAAUAUAUGAAUAUUUCGUUAAUUAUUUAUUUUUUUAUACAUUUACUUGACCUCUAUACACAACUAUACAACGAUCAAAAUCAUUCAUUAAUUCACUUCUCUCUGUCGCAUUCAAAAACAAAAUUAAACUUUUAUUAAUUGUUUCUUAAAUCUAAACAAAAAUCCUAUUAAUUAAUCAUUGCACGUAUCAACAGUGUUAUAUUUAAUUUAGAAAUACCCUGCUGAUGAUGACAAAAAACACAAAUUGAUGUCAAUAAUUCUACUUUUUAUCUGUACGAAAAGGAAAAUGAAAAAGUUGGAGAAGAUUGAAUAAAAAAUUAUUACACUCUUCUACCAUCCUU